GGAGAAACCUCCGUGACUGUGGAAAGCAAGAUUGAUCUAGUCGAGCACGGCUGACGAUGUCUAUUUAUCACACAAUCCAUUAAGUGCAAAUUCUGUGGUCUUUAGUCACUGCCAUGGAAAAGAACCAAGAUGAAGGAUUGUGGGGACGGACGCGCCACACGCCAGGGAUGGUUCAGGUGUCUGGAGGCUGCUAGGAGGUGAGGUCAGACUGCACUACUGUGGGUGGCCUGUCUGAGAGAACUCAGUGGAGCAGCAGAUACUCAACCGUCUCGUCUCGUCGGACCUUAGUCUCCUUGGGCCUUAGAACAGAGAUCGGAGAGGGGCAUGUGACUCUUCCGGAACCCUGGACCCACAGAGCCUGAAGAUCCCAGAAGCCUUGGAGCAUGGCAAGUCUGGAGCAUCCUGGGAGCCCUGGCUGGACGGGACCCAUACACCAGUGCACACCAAGAGCCAGGCAAGACGUACUGCCCUCAGGCCCAGACCUCCCAUGUUCAGGACCAGAAGAACACUUAGAAACUCAGGACGGUCCUAGCUCCAACUCCAGCAUGACCACCAGGGAGCUACAGGAACACUGGCAGAAGGAGAAGAGCCGCUGGCGACACGUCAAGCUGCUCUUUGAGAUCGCUUCAGCCCGCAUCGAGGAGAGGAGAGUCUCCAAGUUUGUGAUGUAUCAGGUCGUGGUCGUCCAGACCGGGAGCUUCGACAGCGACAUGGCGGUGGUGGAGCGGCGCUACUCGGACUUCGAGAGGCUGCAGAAGGCCCUCCUGAAACGCUUCGGGCCGGAGCUGGAGGACGUGGCCUUCCCGCGGAAGCGCCUGACGGGGAACCUGUCGGCCGAGACCAUCUGCGAGCGCCGCCUGGAGCUGUGCGACUACCUGCGGCUGCUGUACGCCGUGCGCGCCGUGCGCCGCUCGCGUGAGUUCGCCGACUUCCUGACGCGGCCCGAGCUGCGCGAGGCCUUCGGCUGCCUGCGCGCCGGCCAGUACGCACGCGCGCUCGACCUGCUGGGCCGCGUGCUGCCUCUGCAGGAGAAGCUGACGGCGCACUGCCCGACCGCCGCCGUGCCUGCGCUCUGCGCCACGCUUGUGUGCCUGCGCGACCUGGAGCGGCCAGCCGAGGCCUUCGCGGUGGGCGAGCGCGCGCUGCAGCGCCUGCGGGCGCGCGAGAGCCACCGCUACUACGCGCCGCUGCUGGACGCCAUGGUGCGCUUGGCCUAUGCGUUGGGCAAGGACUUCGCGUCGCUGCAGGGCAGGCUGGAUGACAGCCAGCUCCGGAGUCCCACGCACAGGGGCUUCACCCUGAAGGAGCUCACCGUGCGAGAGUAUCUGUCCUGAGCCGGCCUGGCUGGUGCCCUGGCAUCCAGACUGCGGACAAAGACUAUCGCUGGCGGGCUGCUUGGGGCCAUCGCGGGGAGGUUUUGCUGGGCAACUUUAGACAAGAACCUCUUUACUAUGUCUGCUAAACAGAGGGGCUCCUGCGACCCCUGGAAGAGUCAUCUUGUGCCCCUUGGGUGCAAGGUUCUCCGAACACUGAGCCCAUAAGCUUAGCUGUCAAAACUUUGCAAGUACUUGUGGGCCUUACCAUCUGGGAAUGGGAUGAACUUGCCUUCCACAGAGAAUGAGUUCAAGGCCAGCCUAGGCAAUUUGGUGACACUGUCUCAAAAUACAGAGUUCUGAGGAUGUAGUUCAAUAGCCGAAUGCUUGCCGAACAUAUGUGACGCCUUCAUUUCAAUCCCCAAUACUACAAUAAAAGAAAAAGAAGCA